CUCGAUUGCCUACCGUUUGCUUCAUGUUGUAUGCGGCUUUUGUGAGCGAAAAUAAAGACACAAAGAGACACUCAGUCUCCGAUGUUACCACCUAUUAUUCCAUGGACUCCUGCGAUUGGGGGUUCACUUUUCUUUUGUCUGUUCCAACCAACAUCAACUAGUCCCAAAUCUCAUCCUGCAACAUGCACAAGGUGCAUUAGUCUAGGACUCCAGGAUCGACUACCCCAAAUGUUGACAAACAUCAAUCAAUCCAAACAAAAUACCUUGUCGUGCUUGACUGCCUAGGUACCGACAUACUGGCAAAUGGCGGCGCGGAUCAAGAUGUUUGCUGCAGGCGUACGGCAGAAAUCCAUGUUUGCGACGGCCGGCACACACGGGGAGCGGAGCCUAGGUUGAUUGGAUGUCUUCUCUCACUGGUUGCAAACAAGAAAGAGGUACGUAAGGUGCCUACCUUACUGUACUGUGCUCGAGGUUACACGACAGAAUGAUUGAGUGCGUGGGUGUAGCUGCCGAUUGAAAAUACAUGCAUGCACCAUCCCAAGGUGACCUUGGAGGAUGUUCGUGCAGCCGCUGUUGCCUUGGGUGGCCAAAAAGAGUCACAAAAUCCGUCAGUCCUGAACAUUUCCUCUUUUUCUUUUUUUUUCUUCUUCUUUUCCUGUGGUCGUUCGUUUGCGUCCAUUUUCGCAACUUGGCUUCGCGAACAACACGCCAAGAAUCAAUCACCCCUCGCUUUCCUUACAUGGUUGCUUUUUCAUUCUGCUCUAUUUUGACUUGCAUUCAUAAACAACAUCCAUCCCAGUCAGCCUCCAUUGCAUGCUGUCUAGAACUGGGUCUGAAACUAGGGCUAGCCUUAUUCGAUAUUGACUUGGUCCGCGGCAGAUGGCAACGUCAUUUGUCAUAAGCUACCGUUCUCAAAUACCACCGUAAAUAGCACUGGUGGCCCUCUCGCAUCAGCCAUUGGAACCUAUUUGGACUUCUAGAUGCCUAGAAAUAGUCAUUCAUUGGAGAAACCGUCGCACGCAAGGCCCCUGACCCAGGUGUGAUUGGCCGAGACCUGACGUGCGAGCCGUUCAGUCAGCCGCCCGUCUUAUCAGCCCGUCUCUGUACCAGACACUGCUUACCUACUUCUACUACCCACCGACCUUGCUUGGUUGGCCAUCAAAUUUCAGCUCCCCGUCUCCCCCAACCUAGCUCCCCGCCAUCGGCCUGGAGUUCCCCUCAAAUAACAAUCUCGCCAUCAUCCUCCAGUCUUCUGCUCAUCUUCAGAUCCUUGGAGUUCCCCUCCAGAAUCGCAAGUUGAGCUCUGUUUGUCCAACCAAGAUACUCGCAUCCCAUUUUUCGGCUCUUCUGAUCCGCCAAAAUGGACACUGCGCAGAACGUAGGCCACCAACAAGCUGUGAGCUGCCACUCAGAUGCGCUCAACGGUAUCUUGUCAGCCGCCGUUAAUAGCGCCGAUGCCAAGAUGCUUCCUACCCCAGAAACCGCUUCUGGCUCCAAGCCGCGCACGUCCGAAGGGACUGCUGAGAAGGAUCUCAAAGGCGAACCCAAUGGAAAGAAGAACGGAGAAUCCAAGUCAAGCAAGUCGGUAAAGGCGGGCAAAGUGCCUGCUAGGACCACAGAGUCGUCGCCCCUCGAAUCCGACUCUGAGGAUGAUGGCGAUUCUGAUGAUUCCGCUUCGUCUUCGUCCUCGUCCUCAUCUUCAUCUUCAUCAUCUUCGUCUAGCGAUUCUGAAUCAGACUAUGCGUCUCGUAAGAGGAAGAAACGCAGCGGGACCAAGAAGCGGCGCGACAACCACAAGUCCAAAAAGAAGUCGGCGGGCGGUAACAGGCUCACAAGAUUCCUUGGGAGUAAGACAGCCACAGGUUCAGAUUCCGGUUCCGACUCAGAAUCCGACUCAGACUGCGACGACGACAGUUUGUCCGAUAUUGACGGUGCCACUAGGGGACUUGGCCCGCGAGAGGAGAUCGCCAGGCUUUCGGCUCAUGUUCAACAGUUGCAGGUGCAACAACAAUUUCAGAUGCAACAACAAAUGCAGCAACGGAGUGCCGCGAUCACCCAAAGCACUCCCUACCCCAGUGGCGUUGUCUAUCCUAAUGGAAUGAACUAUGCGGCGACCUAUCCUAGCCAACCGCCUCUUCCGCCUGUUCAAAGCCGCAUCAUAGACCCGGGCACCCGCGGACAGCAAGGUAUGCCCCUCCGGCCGAACGGUUCAGGGCGCUGGCGGCCACCACCAGGUCGUCCCGGCCGAGGCGACCAAUUUUCCGUGGGGCAUGGAGGUCCAGGUCACAUGUUUCCACCGGUUAGCAAUAAUCACAAGCAGAAGCAGAAACACCGGCGCAACAAAGGCCGACCAGAGUUCAAGCGCGUGGAUCACGUAUGGGACAAUAAUCUUCACUCAUACAAGCUCCAGGAUACAGCUGAAGUAUCGCCAGACACGCAGUACGACGAGUACAUCUUUCACGUCCGUCGCUCUUUUGACUGGGAGGGCAAGUACAAAAACACGCAUGUGGAUAUCAAGAGCAAACUUCUCCGAGAGUGUUUGCAGGAAGUCAUGGGCAACAUCAAGGGCGUGAGUCUGGUUGAAGAGACCCCGAAAUUGGACCCCAACAUGCUUUUCCUUUAUUUCGAUGACCUCAAACGGCACCUCAAGCAUCUCAGAAAGGCAAAGCCAGCCAAGUCGACCAAACGCGGCCGUAAGAAAGAACAACGUCGCAUUGAUGAGAAGAAGUCUCAUCUCAAGGUGCUCAUCAAAUACAUCAACAAAGAUUAUGCGGCAAUCAAGAGCAGUCUCGAUCCUAUGCUCGAGAAUGGGCUCAUCACCUUCGACCUCUUCUGGGCACUAUGGAAGCCCGGUACGCUGGCCUUUACUACAACCUAUGGUAGUCCCGAUGAACCCCGAGUGUUCAAGGUCGAGUCGGCCGAGAAGCAUUUUGGAAUCAUGAAAGGCGCUUCGUACCUCAUUGACGGCAGGUAUUUCGAAUACGAUGGCAAACAGUUUGGGUUCGGCACUCAGUUCGAGGAGGUCCCCGAGUUUCGCGGUGCGCGAAAGAUCACCAGUCUUUCGGUGUAUCCCUUGAGCUUCCACAAGACAGAAGAGCAGGUCAGAAAAGACCUCAUUGAGAGGGGUAAAAAGUUUGUCUCCCUCGCAGGCGUUAACUACCGAGCGCAUCACGGAAUGGCAUAUUACAAGAAGAAGCGGUCCAUCGUCAAGGUCAACAUCAAUGGCCGCAUCAUGAUUGAUCCCAGCAUUCAUCGUCGCAUCAACCCCAACUACCCCAUAUCUCAUAUCCGGCCCAAGGACCACGAUAUCAUUUCGGACCAGGAAGACAAUGACGCCGACGAUGCGGAUGAGGCCUCGAACUCGGACGGUGUCAGGGGCCAGCGGAUGAAGUUUGUCACCAAAGCCGUCAAAGAUCAAAAUGGCAAGAUUCAACUCGUCCGCAUGCCAAGGUUCAUGGCCGAGCGCAACCAGGGCAAGGAGAAGCUGGAUCAGGUGCAGGAAAAGGGCGAGGAUGAUGCAGCUAACAAGGCAGAAAAUGCCGAGGGCAGCGAUGAGGAUGCAAGCAAGGAGGAGGCCGACGCCAAAAAGGUUCCCGAGUUCAGCGACGAGGAUUAUCUCACCGCAUCCCCUGUCGUUCUUGGAUUUGCCUUUGCCGAGAAGCUGUGGUUGGAGUUUACAGUCUCUGGCGUCAAAGACAUUCAGUGGAACGAGACGGCGUACGAGUCUUUGGUGCUGGAGGCCAAGACCAAGGACAUUGUGAAGGCUCUCGUAGAGUCACACAAGUACCACGCCGCCGAAAGUAUCGACGAUGUCAUUCAGGGCAAGGGCAAGGGCUUGGUCGCCGUGCUACAUGGCCCGCCGGGUACAGGCAAGACGUUGACGGCCGAGGGCAUCAGCGAGCUACUCAAAUGUCCGCUAUAUAUGGUAUCGGCAGGAGAGCUAGGCACCGAUUCGCGUUACCUCGAGGCAGAGCUGCAAAAGAUACUCGACAUCUGCCACGCGUGGGGCGCAAUCUUGCUCCUGGACGAGGCCGACGUCUUCCUGGAGAAGCGUAACAUUGCGGAUAUCCACCGCAAUGCUUUAGUCAGCAUCUUCCUGCGCCAGCUGGAAUAUUUCCAGGGCAUUCUAUUCCUCACGACAAACCGCGUUGAGACAUUCGACGACGCAUUCCAAUCCCGUAUCCAUAUUGCACUCCGAUACGACAGACUAACGCAGCAGGCCAAAAAGGCCAUCUUCAAGCUUUUCAUCGAGCGGGUGCGGGUGAUGGAGAAGGCGGAACUGAUGCCCUUCAACGAGUCCGAUUUCGACUCGCUGGCACGGCAUGACCUCAAUGGACGACAGAUCAAGAACACGGUGGGUACGGCGCAGGCCCUGGCCGUCAACCGAGGGGAGCCUCUCUCCAUGUCGCACAUAAAGCAGGUGCUGGACGUUCACAUGUCUUUUGAUCGCGACUUGAAGGGGGGAACUGGAUACCAGGAUGCCAUGAGGAGCUACUUUUAAAUAUUCACGAGAUGACGGAGCUUGCUUUGGUGGAUGGAACAGUGCAGGUGAGAGUGGGGUUGGGCAUUGUCUUUGGGGCAUUCGAGUUUUUUUUUCGUCAAGUUUGUACGAGGAUAGCGGUUCGGGUUAUUGCUACUCGGUUUUUUAUGGAAUGUUUUGUACCAGCGAGCGCUAUUGGUAUUGGAAUCUGCAGGCUUGUCAAUCUAGAUAUUCAUUAGUAAC